AUGGCUUUUUCAAUUACACUGGUUACUCCAAAUCAAACCACAUAUAAACAGCCCACUGGCCUAUUCAUAAACAAUGAAUUCAUCGCCUCAAAAUCGCGCGAGAUCCUGGAAACUAUAAAUCCAUAUGACGAGUCAGUGAUCACCCAUAUCUCUGCAGCUGGAGAGGAAGAUGUCGAACUCGCCAUGCAAGCUGCUCGCGCGGCAUUCACUCCUGGCAGUGAAUGGAGAAGCAUCAGCCCAGCAGAGCGCGGAAAGCUUCUGUGGAAAGUUGCGGACCUAGUUGAAAGAGAUCAACACAUUCUGGCUACCAUUGACGCUUGGGAUAAUGGAAAGCCUUAUCAGGUUGCUCUUGAGGAAGAUGUUGGGGAGGUUAUCGGCGUAUUUAGGUACUACGCGGGAUGGGCGGAUAAAGUCCAAGGGAAAACAAUCGAUACGGGCAAUGCGAAGCUGGCAUAUACGAAGCAUGAACCUGUCGAUGCAUCGUGGAGACUUGGGCCGGCACUAGCUGGCGCUGCUCUCGCAUCCCACCUUGACGUUGAUAAGAUUGCUUUUACUGGCAGCACAUUAACUGGUAAAGCUAUUGCCAAGCUAGCCUCAGUCAACCUUAAGAACAUCACUCUCGAGACCGGGGGUAAAAGCCCGCUGUUAGUCUUCAAUGAUGCAGAUCUCGAUCAAGCUGUCAAAUGGUCGCAUAUUGGAAUAAUGAGCAACAUGGGCCAGAUUUGCACCGCAUCAUCCCGUAUUUUUGUAAAAGAAGGGGUCUAUGAAGAUUUUGUUCGCCAGUUCAAAGAUUACACUGUGCAGAAUACGCGAAUUGUUUCUCAAUUUGAUCCACAGGUGACUCAUGGUCCGCAAGUGUCGAAGGUACAGCAAGGAAAGAUCUUAGAAUACGCCAAAAGUGCCAUGUCAGAUGGGGCACAGUUGAUAUUGGUUGCGAGGGAAGAAGUCUUUGGGCCCUUUGUCGUUGUCCAGUCAUUCAAAACCGAAUCAGAAGCCAUUUCAAAGGCGAAUGACUCAAAGUACGGGCUUGGAGCUGCAAUUUUCACUCGGGACGUAGUCAAGGCACAUAGGGUAGCUGGCCUCAUUGAGUCCGGAAUGGUCUGGAUCAAUAGCUCACAGGAUUCACACUAUGCCAUUCCCUUUGGAGGCUACAAACAGAGUGGAGUUGGUAGAGAAUUGGGAGAAUAUGCUCUAUUGGCAUAUACCCAGGUCGAAGCUGUUCAUGGUAAUAACCCUUGCCAUGUUCCCGUGAAACCUUGA